UCUGGGCUUGGGAGAGUUUUGCUAUAAUGGCGACGACGGCCGAGUGCAGGGAAGGGACUCCGUGAAAGCUAAGCCCUCCGCUCGGACAUGUCUGGCUGUCCUCCCCGGGUUCAUUCGCUGCCGACCAACUGCACGGGCCGCGGGUGAUUCUGCGGCCUUUGAACGCCUCGUCCCUCGCACGGCGGAUUUCCAUGUCUUUCUUGUGAACACCUUAAAGCAGAUCAUCUGGACUACAUCUUGUCCAUCGCUGAUCACCUGUGGCUGGUGCAGGCCAGGCUUCCGAGUUGGGUGACCCACACUCCUUCACAGGGCCAUGGAGGAAGAGGUGCAGAAGAGCUUAGAGUGUAUCCAGGCCAAUCAGAUUUUCCCCAAGAAAUCCCCUGUCCUGGAGGAGGACAACAUGCAGGUGCCCUUUCCUGAGCUGCAUGGGGAGUUCACGGAGUAUGUGGGGAGAGCAGAGGAUGCCAUCAUUGCAAUCUCCAAUUACCGCCUACACAUCAAGUUCAAAGAGUCUGUCGUCAACGUUCCUAUGCAGCUCAUUGAGAGUGUUGAGUGUCGGGAUAUGUUCCAGCUACACGUCACCUGUAAGGACUGCAAAGUUGUGCGGUGUCAGUUCUCCACCUUUGAGCAAUGUCAGGAGUGGUUGAAGCGCCUCAAUGCAGUAGUGCGCCCUCCGUCUCGCUUGGAGGAUCUCUUCUCCUUUGCCUUCCAUGCCUGGUGCAUGGAUGUGUACGCUGGUGAGAAGGAGCAGCAUGGCGAGCUUUGUAGACCAGGGGAACAUGUGACCUCCUGGUUCAAGAAUGAGGUGGAGAGAAUGGGCUUUGACACUCAAAAUGCCUGGAGGAUAUCCGACAUCAACUGCAAGUUUAGGCUUUGCCCCAGCUAUCCCCAGCAGCUUCUGGUACCAGCCUGGAUCACUGACAAGGAGUUGGAAAAUGUGGCAGCCUUCCGCUCCUGGAAGAGGUUUCCUGCAGUAGUCUAUAGGCACCUGAACACAGGGGCUGUGAUCGCCCGCUGUGGCCAGCCAGAGGUCAGUUGGUGGGGUUGGCGGAAUGCUGAUGAUGAGCACCUUGUGCAGUCCAUUGCUAAGGCCUGUGCUGUGGAUAGCACCUCUCUCAAACACCUGUCUAACGGAACCUACACCAAUGGCUCCGACCUGCCGGAUACAGAUUUUGAGUCAUCGAUGACCAAGAGCUCAGAGGUGGAGACGUUGGCCAUCCAACCUCAAAAGUUACUGAUCCUGGAUGCCAGGUCUUAUGCAGCUGCUGUAGCCAACCGGGCAAAGGGGGGAGGCUGCGAAUGUCCUGAAUACUAUCCCAACUGUGAGGUGGUUUUCAUGGGUAUGGCCAACAUUCAUUCCAUCCGCAAGAGUUUCCAGUCCAUGCGUUUCCUCUGCACGCAGAUGCCUGAUCCAGCCAACUGGCUGUCUGCACUGGAGAGCACCAAGUGGCUGCAGCAUUUGUCCUUGCUACUGAAGGCAUCCCUGCUGGUGGUCAAUGCUGUGGACAGGGACCACAGGCCCGUUUUGGUGCAUUGCUCUGAUGGGUGGGACCGCACUCCUCAAAUUGUUGCUUUGUCGAAGCUACUGCUGGACCCGUACUACCGCACUAUAGAGGGCUUCCAAGUUUUAGUCGAGACAGACUGGUUGGAUUUUGGCCACAAGUUUGCAGAUCGCUGCGGGCAUGGAGAAAACUCUGAGGACGUUAACGAGCGCUGUCCAGUCUUCCUACAGUGGCUGGACUGUGUUCACCAGCUGCAGAGACAGUUUCCAUGCUCCUUUGAAUUUAACGAGGCCUUCCUGGUGAAGCUGGUGCAACACACCUACUCCUGUCUGUUCGGCACUUUCCUAUGUAACAGUGGCAAAGAGAGGGAGGACUGCCACGUGCAAGAAAGGACAUGCUCGGUCUGGUCCCUGUUGAGGCCCGCCAACCGUACUCUGAGGAACAUGCUGUAUUCCUCACACUCUGAGACUGUUCUCCACCCAGUGUGUCAUGUGCGCAACCUGAUGUUAUGGACCGCAGUCUACCUGCCCAGCUCCUCUCCCACCACCCCUUCAGAUGACUCCUGUGCGCCAUACCCUGUGCCCGGCAGCAAUCCGGAGGAAGCGCCCCUGGGCAGAUGUACUAAAACUCGCUCAUUCGAUAACUUGCCCAGUGCUUGUGAGCUGGGAAGCUUGCUGGCCCCAAACCGCCGCUCUAGUGAUCCAAAUCUCAAUGAGAAGUGGCAGGACCACCGGCGCUCUCUGGACCUCAAUAUGGCAGUCGGGCCGGAGGGAGGGGCGGACCAGGAUCAGGAAGUACAGUGUAAUGGAUUGAGCCUUUACCCGAAUGGAGUGGACUCUGAGCUAGAUGACAGCCCACAGCCCCGCAACUCACACGCUGACAUGGCAGAGGGAGCCUGCACGGACUCACCAUCAACCAGAGAAGAGGCAGAGCUGUCUGUGGCAGUAGGUGUGGCUGAGGGCCAGAUGGAGAACAUUCUUCAAGAAGCCACCAAGGAGGAGGCGGGAGCAGAUGCACAGAGAGUUUUAACGGCUGUAAGUGCUCACUUAAAUAACACAGCAGCCAUGGAGGAGGAGAUGCCCCCAAGAACUGCUGAGGAUGAUCGAUGUGCUGAAAUCAGCACGACUGACAUACAACAUGGGCAUGCUAAUGGUCUCCAUCCACAAAAUGGGUUUGUGGAAGCUGAGGAGAACAGUGACUCUCCAGCUGUGCCUGCACAGAUAGUAGAAGAGUUACAAAAACAGAAAGAUGAGACAGCUCAAACACUUGAGCAUGUAAAGAAUCAGUCUCUGGACAAUUGUUCUGAACAACAUUACCACGCUAAUGAACAUUUUCAGCCCAGUUCAGACGAGCCAGAGCCGCUUAAAGCUCAUAGAACUCAGAUGGCGAAUGGCCAUAGCAGAUCACCUGAGGAGCCUGGUGCAGAUGAGGAGACCAGCUCUGGUUGUGACCCAGACAGAGGUAUGUUAGAGUCAGGGGAACAGGCAGAGAAGAGGGCCUCCCUGAUGGAAAGCUCCACAGAGACUUUGACAGAGGAGAUCUGCAGCAGGUUUGAGCCCCCUGCACCCCCGCCUGUCUGUCCAACCCACCAGGCCUUCAGCAAAGGCCAACAACCUUCCUCUAAGAAAGAGAAAGUGCUGGAGACAGGCGAACACAGCUUUACCAGAACUUUAAACGGGGGCAGCAAGCGACCGCCUGUCAGUGCCUUUCAUUAUGCAAGUGCUGACCUCACUCGGGACGGCCUUUGUAACAGUGACGGUUCUGAUGGGGAACCUUGCGGAGGACCUCAUUGGGUCAAAGGUGAGCGGGCCCCAGUGAGCCGACAGGUGUCCUUGGCAAGCUGCCACUCCGUGAUCCUGCACCACCGGGGCAGCUGCUCACAACACCGCUGGUGCCACGCUCAGCUGGGCCGGGCUGCUGUCAGUCCAGAGCCGCCGUCACGCAGCCACCUGGAUGACGAUGGACUGAUGCUGCACACAGAUGCCAUCCAACAGAGGUUGAGGCAGAUAGAGGCGGGGCACCAGAUGGAGGUGGAGACGCUGAAGAAGCAGGUACAGGAACUAUGGAGUCGUCUGGAAAAUCAGCAGCAAGUCGGUUUCCAUCGCGUCAACGGAGACGCAGGAGAUGAAGUGACAUCAAUGACAGACUCAGAAUACAAUGUGGACCCCAACUGUCUGUCUCGCUGCAGCACAGAGCUCUUCUCAGAAGCCAGCUGGGAGCAGGUGGACAAGCAGGACACUGAGGUCACUCGCUGGUAUCCCGAUCAUCUGGCAGCCCAGUGUUAUGGCUGUGAGAGCAGGUUCUGGCUUGCCUCCAGGAAGCAUCACUGCAGUGGCAGGGAGCCUGUCCAGGAGGUCUGGAAUUGCGGUAACGUCUUCUGCGCCAACUGUUGCGACCAGAAGUUGCCGGUGCCAAGCCAGCAGCUGUUCGAGCCCAGUCGCGUGUGCAAGACGUGCUACGGCAGCCUCCUGCUCAGCGCGCCCCCGCUGGAGAAACCCAUCACGGCCAGCUCCAACUGAGCCUCGGAGAGAGGAGGUUGCACACCUGCAGGAAGGAAGUCGCAGCUGACACACUGCUGAAGAAUGCCACCGAAUGUCCCGUGGACUCGUGUGUAUGUGUGUGUGUUUGUGUGUGAGUGAGUGCGCUGCAAAUGUGGACUACGUGUCCUACCAGCGGCAUGUUAGCUUUGCACAGGAGGAAGUCCCUCGUUGGCCACACGGAUGGCAUGAUGGGCGCUCACAGCCGUGCACUAAAGGAGCGAGAAUGAACUUCCUGGUGCUUUGGACCAGGAGGCAGAAGGUCGUCUCACUGUUCUCCUCCAGAGGAGGUCAGUCCACUUUUUAUCCCAAUUCUGUCUUUUUGCAGACUUUCAUGUCCAACGUUGGACUUUAAUCUUAUCAAAAUGGGACAGUUUGGCUGUCAAUCUUUUGUGUUGCACAAUCAAAUCAGACAAAUGUUAUCUAAUUCUUAUCAACACAUUCCUGCUCAUUGCACACAAAUAUAAAGUUGAACGUAAUUCUACUUUUUUUGAGUCCCGGUGAGACGUCCUCGCUGCCCGCUCGUCAUUCAAUGACCUCCGCUCACACACGCUGGUGGUUUUGUAAAAUAAAGGAAUAAAAUAAUAUAUUCAGAUAUGUCUUAUAGCAUUUUAAGUACAAAAUGUAUAGAAACAGAGAAUAGUGGCUCACUAAAUUAGUCACCAAAAAGUUUGUUUUUUAACUUUUUUGUUGGUCUUAUGUUGAUUGCAGAAUUGAUCUAUAUAAAUAUAUAUAUACUUAUAAUUUGCAUCCUGUUGAGGACACAGGUGUGUGUGUGUGUCUGUGUUUUGUAAAUUAUAGAAGCACAUGUUGUCCUGUUGGGACGCUCUUAGUGUUUUAUUCCCCGCCACCUUUUUGAAAUGCAAAUAUUUAUUUUAUUAAGCAGGAGUUUGUUGAAUUUUGGAUUUAGACAAUUCAACUGCCACAUGAUAAUCAGUGUUUCUCACAUGCUGCAGCCACUUAGGAGCGACAAGCCUAUGCACACACACACACACACACACACACAGAAAAAAAAGUGGGCUGAAACAAGCAUCCAAAACUCCAAACUUUUAAGUCAUACUUGCCAACCCUCCCGAUUUUCCCGGGAGACUCCCGAAUUUCAGUGCCCCUCCUGAAAAUCUCUCGGGGCAACCAUUCUCCCGACUUCCACCCGGACAACAAUAUUGGGGGCGCGCCUUAAAGGCACUGCCUUUAGCGUCCUCUACAACCUGUCGUCACGUUCGCUUUUCCUAAAUACAAACAGCGUGCCGGCCCAGUCACAUAAUAUAUGCGGCUUUCACACGCACUUAAGUGAAUGCAAGGCAUACUUGGUCAACAGCCAUACAGGUCACACUUGAGGGUGACCGUAUAAACAACUUUAACACUGUUACAAAUAUGCGCCACACUGUGAACCCACACCAAACAAGAAUGACAAUGACAUGGGUUCCCCCUCAAAUAACUAAAGUAUCACAUCGGUAUUAUUUUAAUACUUUUUUUUUUUCAUCUAGAAACAAUAGUUAAUAUUUCUUGAGACUAGGGAUGUCCGAUAAUGGCUUUUUUGCCGAUAUUCCGAUGUUGUCCAACUCUUAAUUACCGAUACCGAUAUAUACAGUCGUGGAAUUAACACAUUAUUAUGCCUAAUUUGGACAACCAGGUCUGGUGAAGAUAAGGUCCUUUUUAAAAAAAAAUAUAAAAUAAAAUAAGAUAAAUAAAUAAAAAACAUUUUCUUGAAUAAAAAAUAAAGUAAAACAAUAUAAAAACAGUUACAUAGAAACUAGUAAUUAAUGAAAAUGAGUAAAAUUAACUGUUAAAGGUUAGUACUAUUAGUGGACCAGCAGCAUGCACAAUCAUGUGUGCUUACGGACUGUAUCCCUUGCAGACUGUAUUGAUAUAUAUUGAUCUAUAGUCUAGGAACCAGAAUAUUAAUAACAGAAAGAAACAACCCUUUUGUGUGAAUGAGUGUAAAUGGAGGAGGGAGGUUUUUUGGGUUGGUGCACCAAUUGUAAGUGUAUCUUGUGUUUUUUAUGUUGAUUUAAAGGCCUACUGAAAUGAAAUGUUUUUAUUUAAACGGGAAUAGCAGAUCCAUUCUAUGUGUCAUACUUGAUCAUUUCGCGAUAUUGCCAUAUUUUUGCUGAAAGGAUUAAGUAUAGAACAACGACGAUAAAGAUCGCAACUUUUGGUAUCUGAUAAAAACAAUCCUUGCCUCUACCGGAAGUAGCGUGACGUCACAAGACAAAGGAUUCCUCACAAUUCCGCUUUGUUUACAAUGGAGCGAGAGACAUUCGGACCGAGAAAGCGACGAUUACCCCAUUAAUUUGAGCGAAGAUGAAAGAUUCGUGGAUGAAGAACGUGAGAGUAAAGGACUAGAGUGUAGUGCGGGGCGUAUCUUUUUUCGCUCUGACCGUAACUUAGGUACAAGCUGGCUCAUUAGAUUCCACACUCUCCUUUUUCUAUUGUGGAAUACGGAUUUGUAUUUUAAACCACCUCAGAUACUAUAUCCUCUUGAAAAUGAGAGUCGAGAACGCGAAAUGGACAUUCACAGUGACUGAACAUGUAAAUACACGGUUAAUAAUUUUCAGCUUUGCGAAGCUAAAAAAAUAGAAGCUAACUUAGCUACGGAGCUAACGUGAUAGCAUCAGUCUCAAAUGCAGAUAGAAACUAAAUUAAAAAAAAAACCCUGACUGGAAGGAUAGACAGAAGAUCAACAAUACUAUUAAACCAUGAACAUGUAAAUACACGGUUAAUAAUUUUCAGCUUUGCGAAGCUAAAAAAAUAGAAGCUAAGUUAGCUACAGAGCUAACGUGAUAGCAGGCUCAAAUGCAGAUAGAAACUUUAAAAAAAAAAAAAACCCUGACUGGAAGGAUAGACAGAAGAUCAACAAUACUAUUAAACCAUGAACAUGUAAAUACACGGUUAAUAAUUUUCAGCUUGGCGAAGCUAAAAAAAAAUAGAAGCUAAGUUAGCUACGGAGCUAACGUGAUAGCAUCAGUCUCAAAUGCAGAUAGGGUUUUUUUUUUAAAAAACCCUGACUGGAAGGAUAGACAGAAGAUCAACAAUACUAUUAAACCAUGAACAUGUAAAUAUACGGUUAAUAAUUUUCAGCUUGGCGAAGCUAAAAAAAAUAGAAGCUAAGUUAGCUACGGAGCUAACGUGAUAGCAUCAGUCUCAAAUGCAGAUAGGGUUUUUUUUUUUUUUAAAAACCCUGACUGGAAGGAUAGACAGAAGAUCAACAAUACUAUUAAACCAUGAACAUGUAAAUACACAGUUAAUAAUUUUCAGCUUAGCGAAGCUAAAAAAAUAGAAGCUAACUUAGAUGCAGCGGUGGCGGCAGGCGUUGUACGCUUUUGACGACACCCCGGCCACCAUCAGAGUCGGCAAGAAACAUAUAUUUCCCCAAAGUUACGUACAUGACAUGCACAUAUCGACACGCACGUACGGGCAAGCGAUCAAAUGUUUGGAAGCCAAAGCUGUACUCACUGUAGUGCGUCUGCUAUCCUGCUCAAAACACAACACAACCUCCUGGUGUUGGUGUUGCUGCAGCCAGCCGCUAAUACACCGAUCGCACCUACAACUUUCUUAUUUGCAGUCUCCAUUGUCCAUUAACAAAUUGCAAAAGAUUCACCAACACAGAUGUCCACAAUACUGUGGAAUUUUGUCAAAGAAAACAGAGGUAUUUGAAUUGGGUCCAAACACUUCCCUUGACCUCGUGACGUCACGCGCAUACGUCAUCAUACCGCGACGUUUUCAAGCGGAAGUUUCCCGGGAAGUUUAAAAUUGCACUUUAUAAAUUAACCCGGCCGUAUUGGCAUAUGUUGCAAUGUUAAGAUUUCAUCAUUAAUAUAUAAACUAUCAGACUGCGUGGUCGGUAGUAGUGGCUUUCAGUAGGCCUUUAAUAAAAA